AUGCCUUUGGUGCUGUGGGCUCUUUGCCUUGGUGUCCUGGAUACGGUCCUUUGCAGUUACUCAGAAGACCAGUGCAGCUGGAGGGGGAGUGGCCUGUCCCAGGAAUCAGGCAGCGUGGAGCAGAUCUCUCUACACUGUGCUGAGGGCUCACUGGAGUGGCUGUACCCAGCUGGGGCUUUACGCCUCAGCCUCUCCCCCCGCCUCCCCACGAGCACUGCAGCCAAAGGGAAGAGCCCCAGACAGGUCACCACCUGUAUCAAGCCCUCCAGCACUUUCCGAGGAGCUCAGAUCUAUCUGGAGAGGAAUGGGAUCCUGGAGCUGCUGCUGUCUGAGGCAGAUGCAUCCCUCCGCCCCAGGGUGCACUGCUUCAGCUGGCUGCCCCAGGAGAAAGUAGCACUGUUCCUUCAGUCUACCCUGCACCAGGACAUCAGCCGUCGGAUCGCUGCCUUCCGCUAUGAGCUGCGGGGAGACUGGAACUCACGCCUCUCACUGCCCUCCAGCAACCUCAGCAUGGAAGGGGCAUGCCGGCCGUGUAAUGACACCGAGAUCUUGAUGGCCAUUUGCACUAGUGACUUUGUCAUUCGUGGCAACAUCCGGACUGUCUCCAACGAUGUUGAGAUGCAGGAAUCCAUCAUCAGCGUGAGCGCCAUGCGCAUUCACCGGCAGAAAUUCACUUUGUUCCAGCCUGUCAGCAAAUCCAGCAAAUCCAUGGGCAGCAUCCACACCCUGCUGCAGUGUGGAGUGAAACCGGGACCUGGCAGCUUCCUCUUCACGGGGUGGUUGCACUUUGGAGAGGCCUGGCUCAGCUGUGCUCCCCGGUACAAAGACUUCCGGCGUAUCUACGAGGAUGCACACCAGGCUCAUGAGAACCCCUGCGAAGUCUCGCUGGACUGA